AUGCUGCCGUACCUGUUCCCUGAGCUGUCCACCUUUGCUACAGUCGCCGAUCUUAUCACCCACCUUCGCACUAGUGAUGCUCGCCUGCGUGCUGCCCUUCCCACCGAGUUCUGCGCUAAGAACCCCCCUCCACUGUACUGGACACUCCACUUCAUAGUCACCCGACUCCCUGACACCCUCAGCUCAGUUCGAGACCACUUCCUUGCUCGCUGUCCCACUGAGCUCACUGUCGCCCUCCUAGAGGAGCAGCUGCUAGCGGCCGAAAAGAGCAUUGUAGCUGUCGGUGCUGCUCGUGGCGCUCCUCGCACCCCCAUCUUUGAGGGGUGUUCUCCCUCUCCCCUCGCUCCCUCCUACGCUACUGCUGCUGCUGUUGACUUCCUUGGUGCUGAGUCUGCUGGCGCUGCUUCUGCUCCUGGUGGGAGGCGCCGCACCGGCAAGGGCAAGGGGGGCAAGGGUGGCGGGGGUGGCGCUGGGGGGGGAGGAGGUGGGGGAGGUGGGGGGGGAGGCGGUGCUGGAGGGAGCGGUGGCGGGAGUGCUGGUGGGAGUGGGGUCGGCAGCGGAGGCGGGGGCGGCGGAGGGAGCGGUGGCGGUGGUGGCGGCGGCGGCGGUGGCGGCGGCGGCGGCGGUGGCGGCGGCGGCGGUGGCGGUCGGAGCGGAGGUAGUGGUGGUGGCGGAGGUCGGAGUGGAGGCACUGGCUCGGGCCAGAGCUCCCAGCAGCAGCAGCGUCCCCAGACGACCCAGCAGCUUCGUGAGUGGCUUGCUCAGCGUGGGACGUCGGGGGGCAAUGGCCGCUGUUCCUAUGUCAUUCGCACAGGUGACCGCAAGGGACAGACGUGUGGGAGGUUCCACACCCCGUACCGCUGCUUCUCCCGCCUUGACGACGCUUGGCGUGAGGAGAUGGGCGAGGAUGUUGAGCGCCCCCGCUGGGCUGAGCUCAUGAGGGCUGGUGUUGAUAUCUUUGCUCUUGACUUUGAUGCUAUUAUUGCUGCCAUUGCUGUCCCGGCUGUUUGCGAGUCUGCUCUCUCAGGUACAGCACCCACAGAGACUGCUCUCUCAGGUACCGCACCGGCUGAGGCCUGUCACACCUUCACCCUUGACUCAGUCCUUGCCCAGUCCACCACUGUGCUCCCUUGUCCGGCGGUUCCGUCUGGCUCGUUGUCGGGUUUCCACCUCCCCUCGUUCUCGACGAACCUGGUGAGCAACGCUGUCAUCCAGGAUCAGUGGGUUGACACCUUUACCCCUGGAGGACAGCGUGUGGCGAUCUGCACGUGCUCCAGGACCGGCCGUCACCUGGCUACGUUUACCCGUCGGCCGGGGUCGAGUCUCUACACACUGACCACUGCGUCUCCUCAGGUCGCUGCUGUCGGUCAGGUGUCCGCGUCAGGUCUGGUGGCCCACGCCUGUGAGUGUCGUUCCCUGUCACACCAGACUCUUCUCUGGCACCACCGCCUGGGUCACCCCUCCUUGCCACGCCUCCGUGGCAUGCACCGUCGCCGCCUUGUGUCUGGUCUUCCCAGGUCUCUCCCUCCCCUCCCUGCCUCGCCUGCGCCGCCUUGCCUUCCUUGCGUCGAGGGGCGGCAGCGCGCCGCUCCUCACUCCUCCUCGUUCCCCCCGACAGAGGCUCCUCUGCAGACCCUCCACCUGGACGUGUGGGGCCCAGCCCGCGUUCGUGGCCAGGGCGGUGAGCGGUACUUUUUGCUGGUUGUCGACGACUACUCGCGUUACACCACGGUCUUCCCCUUGCGCACCAAGGGUGAGGUCCCUGCUGUUCUGAUCCCUUGGAUCCGCACAGUUCGUCUCCAGCUCCACCGCCGUUUCCGGACGGAUCUUCCUGUCCUGCGUCUGCACUCUGACAGAGGUGGUGAGUUUUCCUCCGAUCUCUUGAGGACCUUCUGUCAGGCGGAGGGCAUCGAGCAGACCUUCACGCUUCCGGACUCCCCACAGCAGAAUGGGGUUGCUGAGCGCCGCAUUGGCCUGGUCAUGGAGGUCGCUCGUACCUCCUUGGUCCACGCGGCGGCUCCCCAUUUUCUGUGGCCGUUUGCUGUCCGGUACGCCGCGCAUCAGCUCAACCUCUGGCCCCGUGUCUCCUUGCCGGAGACCUCUCCCACACUGCGUUGGACGGGGGAGGUUGGCGAUGCGUCGCGCUUCCGGGUGUGGGGUGCUCGUGCCCUUGUCCGCGAUACGUCCGCGGACAAGCUCUCCUCCCGCACACUUCCCUGUGUCUUCCUUGGCUUUGUCCCUGACGCGCCGGGCUGGCAGUUUUACCACCCCACCUCGCGCCGGGUCUUCGCCUCUCAGGAUGUCACCUUUGACGAGUCGGUCCCCUUUUACCGUCUCUUCCCCUACCGCACUGCCCCCCUCCCUCCCCCGCCGCUUUUCCUUGCUCCUGGUCCCCCUCCGGUAGACCCCCUUCCCCCUCAGGGUCCUGCUCCUUCAGGUGUCUCUCAGGUAGACCCUCCUCCCGUUGCUGAGCCUGUCGAGGUCACAGGUGACUCAGGUGCUGCUGCAGGUGGUGCUGCUGGGAGUGCUGAGCCUGGGGGUGCUGAGCCUGCGGGUGCUGGGCCUGGGAGUGCUGGGACUGCGGGUGCUGGAGCUGAGGGUACUGUGCCUGGGAGUUCGGCGCCUGGGGGUGCUGAGCCUGGGGGUGCUACGACUGGGGGUGCUGAGCCUGCGUGUACGGAGUCUGGGGGUGCUGAGCCUGGGGGUACUGCGCCUGAGGGUACUGGGCCUGGGGGUGCUGCUGCUGAGCCUACGGAGCCUGGGGUUGCUGCGUCUGGGGGUGCUCUUCCUGACGGUACUGGAGCUGCUGGAGCUGACGACACUGGAGCUGACGGUUCUGGACACGGUGGUCCUGCUGGUUCUGGAGGUGCUGGCGAGGGGAGGUCUGACGCUGCUGGGGCCUCUGGUGCUGACGUCGCCGACUCGGGGGGUGCUGCGGCGGAGGGUGCUGGUCCAGGUGCUUCUGGUGCUCCGGGUGCUGGAGGUGCUGGCGGAGCUCCGCCGUCGCGCCUGUUCUUCGCUCCUCCGUCGCCGUCGGCUUUGCCGCCGCCUGACACGGUGCUUCGCCAGGUUCUUUCCCUCCCGUCUUCCACUGGCCUUCCCCUUCAGCCUGGCUCCCCCCUCCCUGCUCCUGUGCCUUACACUGCACAGCCGGACUCGCUUACGGAGCGUCGUGAGCCUGCGUCUCGUCCUGCCUCGCCUGUUCGCGCUGCUCGCGCUGCUCGCACUGCGCGCACUGGUCCCACUGGUCGUCGUGUCGCGCGUCCGCGUCCUCCUCCUGUUCCUGGCACGCAUAUUAUGGCCCUUCGUCCUUCCACUGGUCCACAGCGUGUCCCCCUACCGUCUCCUCCUGCGUCUUCUCUUCCUGACGUUCCCGACCCUGAGUCUGACAGUGUUCGUGCUGCCCACCCUACUGUUACGCGUCUUCUCGCCACUGUUGUCACUGACCCGUCGUUUGAGUCUGCUGCUGCGUCUGCCCUGGUCGCUGAGCUUGUCGACUUUGCUGCUGCCUGUCGUCUAGACUACGCCGCCAGUCUUGUUGCCGGGUCUGAGUCUGUCUGUCCUCCGUCCGUCGGGGGUGAGUGUGCUCUUGGCACGGACGUCCUUGAGGACAGGCAGGAGGACUUUGACUCUCUUGCGGCUGCUGUACCUCAUCUCAUGGCCUGGCUGCUUGCCCCUGAGGGAGACCCGGAUGCACUAGACAUCCCCACUCCGCGCUCUUACGCAGAGGCGAUCUCGGGUCCCUACUCCUCUCAGUGGCAGACAGCCGUGGACGCAGAGAUGGCAUCCUGGAAGUCCACAGGCACCUACGUCGACGAGGUUCCCCCUCCUGGGGCGAACAUCGUCGAUGGCAUGUGGAUUUUCAGGGUGAAGCGGCCGCCAGGUUCUCCACCUGUCUUCAAGGCUCGUUACGUUGCUAGAGGCUUCAGUCAGCGUCAGGGGGUUGACUUCUUCCAGACCUUCUCCCCCACCCCGAAGAUGACCACUCUUCGGGUUCUGCUACACGUUGCUGCUCACCGUGACUACGAGCUUCACUCUCUUGACUUCAGCACAGCGUUCCUGCAGGGCAGCCUGUGA